CAGUAUGGCGCUAACUUUGUACGUCUGUUGGUUUUUUGUUAUGUGAUUUGAUUUGAUUUUGUGCGCCCUUUGUAUUUUUAUAUUUAUUUAAUUCUUCGAUAAAAACCAAUAAAUAAUUUCUUAGCGCCCGAACGAAAAUAUCCGAUGGCUCCUCCUUCCAAACACGUCAGCGGUAGUGUUACAGUUAGCGGCUUCUCCACUCUUGGUGAUCCUGCGAAUGACACGGCAGCACAACAAGCGCUCAGCUAUGUACGCGAUUUUUGUAUGCAUGCGACAAAUUAUCGCAACCAACAAACUAUUGAAUCAUUAGCGCUCCUAAACCGCAGUGCUUCACUUCUCAGCACAACCGUGCAACCGCAACUAUUUAAUCCUGUACAGCUGGAAACUUCGAAACUCUUUAUAGACUUGCACGCUGUAAUGGGCACUUUGGCCGCCGACUCCGAUGCACUUUGGGCUUGCGUUACGCUUUUACAACAUCUUAGCCGUAAUCUAACAGCACGACGUGCGUUGGUAGAAGACUUUCGUUUUGUGCCGCUUUUGGCGUUUGUGCUUAAGCGUUCGCAUGGACAAGAAAAGGUUCAAAAACUGUUGACACUUUUGCAAGACUUAACUUAUGGUAUACAAAUUAGCUGGGAGGAACCAUAUUUGAUAGUGCUUCUGGAGCAGCUUGUAAAUAUCAUAUAUCAGGCUGCUGAGGAAGAUGAAGAUGGGCUGGCACAGUUGGCUUUAUCUGUUUUAAUCAAUUUGUGCUAUAAGAAUUUUGUGGUAAUGUUCCUAUUUUUGCGUUCAGUGAAUAUAUCGAAUUUCACAAAGCGUAUUCAAAGUUAUGGCAUGUUGGCUAGUAAAAUGUUGAUAAUACUUAGUGAAGAUACACACACGCCAAAUCAGAAAGACUUGGAUUUAUUUAUACGUUCAACAUUUGCGGCAGCUGAGGAAUGUAUCAAAAGUUGGAAUGUGCCACAUUUGAGGCAUAUAAUAGAAUUUUUAUUGGACUCGGAAUCCCAUGCGUGUCUGAACCACUCAAUGCUGAGUUAUACACAUUAUUGUGAGGAUGUGGAGCGGAUACUUAAUGCACUAGAGUCCUGUGUCGUCGCUGAGGAUGCAGAUGAGCAAAUAUCCAAGCAGAAACACACCUGUCUUGGCUUGCUUUUCCAACUGAUACUUUAUAUAUUGCAAUUAAGCAAUAUUCCCGAAGCUAAUGGUAAAGAGAAUGUCAUAAGUCUUGAUUCAAACGUGCCCAGAAUAUUCGAAUUUCUGGGCAAGUGGCUGGACUCCGAAGUGUGUGGCAUUGAUGCUGUAGAUUUACUGAACGGUUUAAUAAAUUUGGUUCCCAAGGAAUCAAUUGCUGCACGUAUUGCUCGUGAUCCUUCGUACAUCGUGCACUUGAUUGCUAUAUCGGAGAAACCAGAAACUAGUGCACGCCAUAAAUCUGUCAUUCUGCAGCUGUUGUUAUCUCUACUACAUCAGCCAAAGACAGAAAAAUUGAUUCUAUCGCGCAUUACGGAAUCAUAUUUUGACAAAAUAUUUGCCACGCUCCUAAAUACUACCCGAAUAGAUUUGCCAUUUAAUGUAAUCACACCAGAAGAUAUCGAAAAGUAUACCUACUGUUUGUUGCUGCUAAUAAAUUUCGCUGGUAUUGCAAAAAAAGCAUAUUUCGAGAAAUGCUCUACACUCUUACAAUUCGCCUCCAUGCAAAAUGUGUUGGCGCGCGCUAUGGUAGGCAGCAGUGAGAAAGUAUGUGAAGCCGUUUUUGAAAUUUCGCAAUUUGAACGCUUUCCGCAAACUGAAGUGGCAAAGCAAAUCUCAAAAUUGACUCCUUACAAAAGCGUGGGUAGCACUGCCGGCUCAACUGCAGAUGGUGAUCAGUGGCAAAAGUUUAAUAGUAUUAUGAAAAGUCACAAAACCUUUGUUGGUAAGGAAAUGGAGGAGCGACUUAAUGCAUUGGUUGAUUUGAUAAGCAAUGCGCAACGUAACAAUCAACUGCAGAAUGUAGCCAUGUCCCAAAUCAUCGAGAUAUUCAAUUAUAAAAGUGAAAUGUUUAGCGCUUCAGAAAGUUGUAUGCAAAGGCGGUUAGAGAUCGCAAGCCAAGAGAUAACAAAUCUAACACAACGCAUCAAUUUGCAAAACGCUGAGUUGCAAAAAUAUGAAAUGAUGAAUCUUGAGCUGCACGUCAAUCAAGAAGGUUUGCAAACACAAUGUCAGGAUCUCAAACAGCAAAAAGAUAAUUUGAAGCACAAUUUGGCGAGUCUGAUGAAAAAGUUGUCGGAACAGUCGGAGUCGUUGCAAAUAUGUGAAAAGCGCUUGACCGUUAAAGUAUCCGAAGUAAUAGUUUUGCAAAAGGAAAAUGGCGAGUUGAAAGAGGAACUGACCGCAAAAAUCAAAGAAUUGGAAAAAAUGCAAACCAAUGCAAAGGAAAAUGCCACUCGUAUAGAAAAGCUGAAGAAGUCGAUCGCUGCUUUCGAAUUGGAUAUAAAGGAAAAAUCACGUAUCAUUGAGGAGCGUGAACGAGAUCUAAGUAAAACGCAAAAACUUUACGAGGAGCAGAAGGAAGCGAAGAAGAAGUCGGACGAUGUUAUAUCAGUUUUAGAGGCACAAAUCCAGGACAAAAAUGAACAAAUACGUAAUUACGAGUUGGAGCUUAGUGAAACAGAGGAGUUGCGCAAAACUAUUAUGAGUCUAAUGGAGAGUAAGAAGCCGAAACGAAAAACGUAAACGAUCAAAAGUUCGACGUGAUGUGGAGGUGUUGUCUGAGUGGCACAGCCCAGACCCAAUUAGCACAAAAGAUGCCAUUCGGAUCCGGCGUGAUAUAGUGGCAAAAAUAAUAAUAACAAUAUUACGUUUAGUAAUGUAAGAAAGUUUAUUUGUGCAUCGUUAGGACGUAGGGAAGAAGGGGAGUAGAAAUUAUUAGCGUUAUAAAUUAUUUUACAAUAGUAGUUUAGCGCUUAGUUACUAAGUACAUAUUUAGUUAACAAUUCAUAAUUAUACAUACAUACAUACAUUGCAAUUGCA